CACAACCAGUACUGGACGCGAAGGGUAAACAGGUGACAGUCCUGAUCGAGGAAUUGGAACAGCAGAACGGCAUGGGCAAGCGGGAGUACGAGGAGACAUGGCUAGCACGUCGUGACGGCGACGGCGAUAUGAGCGACUGCGGUUGCAUGUGGUUCUCAUCAUGAGCCAGCCAGCCACCACCAACACCUUUUCUUUUAUUACGACAAAUUCCGAUCUGUGAUGGAGACCUCUGGUUUUGAGGCAGCAACCCCUUGCAUGACGGCAACAGCGGCCGGCGCGACGAGGCUCUCCCUCCGUUGGCGUUGGCGGGCAUAGGUCUCCUCGAGUGCGAUUUUACUUAUUCUUUUCUUUUCACUAUAUUUGUUCACCCCCAUGGAACGGGGGCAGAUUUCUGGCGUUGAGUUCCAGACACGUCUCGACUGCCAUUUCCUACGGUGACCAAGUCUAUACCAGUUGUACAACGAACUUUUUCGAAUGUGUGCGACAUCUCUGGGAACAAAUGGAGUUCAGGGCGACGGGGGAUCUGUGCGACGGCCCUCGCGCAAAAAAGCUUUGGCGUUUGAUAUUUUGACUGGCAUAUUCAUCCUCAUCUACCUGUCUGCGACUCCGACAUUACUCUUUUUCUUUUUCUUUAUUGGGAACUACCACACUGGCACCGAGAAUCUUGUGCUGGAAGAGGGAUCAGGGGCAGGCGAACAGCGGGCAUGGGGCGCUGUCGAUGCUGAUGAUCGCGUCGGGAAUGGAAACUGCGUUACACGUGUACACAUUAUUGAGGAGUGCGAUCUGAGGAGAGCACCAGCACUAGAACGCAUGCACGGCAGCAGAAAAUAUCUUCUUGUUCCGUUUUGCUGUAUGUAUACCACCUAACUGAGCGAAAUAAAGAGCGCGAAAGGCCUUAAUGGUACGAC